ACAGGUACGGUGGUGCUGGAGACAGCUAGAAGGGUUGUUUUGUACAAGCGUGUGGUUUGCUCAUUCUACAGUCCUAGAUACGAAAGUGUAUAGAGAUGGGAUGUGGAAGCACUCGUGUCGGCGUGUCUCCCCCCGCAGAGUCAAAGCAGUCAUUAGACUACCGACAGACGAAAGGCAGAAAGCCAAAAUUGGCGUGGAGCAACAAAUUGGCCGGUCGCACUUCAUUUUGUCAAUUGUUGAGAGAUGAUGGUGGUAAUUCAAGUGAAGGAACGGCCUCUCCAACCGGCAGUAGUUCGAAUCUAACAAGGACAGCGCUGUCGCGAUCGGCUACUUCUUCUUUACGGUCUAGUCAUACUGAACAGCAAAAAGAUAGGGAAACUGAUGAAGUGGGAGAGUGUUUGAGCGUGUCACCGUUUGAAGGACAACGCUACACACAUGAAAGUGGAUAUCAGAGCGCCGACCGUUCUGUCGCACAGGAAGAUAGAAUUGAUGUAGCUGCGCCGGAUUCAUCAUCUAAAGGUGCUUCUUGUAUCAAGCGGCAGCCUUUACCAAUAUCCCGUGUUGACAGUGAAGGAUGUGGAGUUUUGAUUGGUAGCAGAGAGUCUGUUAGGAAGCCGUCCUCCUCUAAGGAUCCUUUGUAUGUUCGAUUGGCUCGACUCACAGCAGCAUUGGAUGGGCAAGUAUGUGGAACAGUAGCUCACGGAGAAGCUGAUGAUGGCACUCAAGUACCAACUGUGAGGCAUAAUGAAAUGGACGAAGUAACAAUAGGAAGAAGUAGGUCGAUACGCUCUUUACGCAUCUAUCACGGAACACACUCUGAACCUGAAGCUAUAGGAAGAAAGGUCUCUAUCGCUAAGUCAGUUGUAAAGGCGCUGGUAACUAGAACAUUGUCGAAUUAUGGAAUUGUUGAUUCAACGUCUUUAGAUUGGGAAAGUGUGGCUGCAGCUGUUAGCAUUGAUAUUAAUCAGUCACAAGCAGGCUACAACACUGGCAUUGGCAACAGCAGAACUGGUCCUCCUUCAGUUGCAAGAAACAGGAGUUCGUUUGCUAGUGGAUGUUCUGAACAAUAUCUUGGUGAAGAGUUGUUAUGGGAAAAUUGUGCUGUUAGUCCACAACUGUUUGAAGGGUGUAUUUCUCAGUCACAUUCAUGUUGUAGCAUCAACGAUGAGCUGUUAAAUGACCAGGCUGCUGCUACCUUGUCACAACCGCAACAGAAUGACAGGACUGCCAAUCGAUUAUCACCAGCUGUGUCCAGGAAGGCAUCUAGUAUUUCCAAAGUCUCUAGUGUGCAUUCCCGAUCACAGUUAGAAGAUUUUGUGGAACAAGUAUCAUCUUCACUGAUGAAAGAGAAAGACAACGAGCCAUCUAGUGCGGUUCACAUGCUCGUAUUACGACCUUCUCUUGUUAGUGGAAGUGCACCUACUUCAAUGAUGUGUGAAGAGUCAAACAUUGAGACAAUGAAAAGGGAAGAACUUCAAACAGCAGAGAUUGGAGAGAGUGAAAAUGUACUGUCUGUUCAUGAACUGUAUAAUCUUUUAAAUGCUGGAGUAGUGAAUCCAUACAUUCAUGAUCCUUAUUAUAUUUUGAUAUUGGAUGCUCGAUCUCAAUCUGAAUACGAGCUGAGUCAUGUCUUAACUGCCAACUGGCAUUAUUCAGUGACAAUGGAUAUGAGAUUUUUGAUUGAUGCUAUUUCGUUUCUGGAUCGGUAUUCUCUCAUUAUUGUGUAUGAUGACAAGUCUUUGGGUGUCAGUGAGACAGAAGGUGCUGGUUCUCAGUUAUUGCAAAGAUUAGAAAAGUUGGGAGUUGAACAUGUAUCUCUGCUUUCAGGUGGUUUUGAAGCUGUUCAGAAAUUGUAUCCAUUCUUAUGUGAUACAAAAGUGUACUGGUCAGACAAUGAUCGUGCAUUGAUUAAGACAUUUCCUUCAACUAUCAUUCCAGGAAAGUUAUACCAAGGCAAUGCUUCCCAUGCAUCAAAUGAUGUUGCAUUCCAACACUUGGGUAUCACCCAUGUAGUAAAUAUUACAGUGGAGCAUCCAAACUGGUUUGAACACACCAUUGUAGAGUACAUAAAAGUACCUGUUGCUGAUGAGACGGAGUCUCACUUGUAUAGUAUGUUAUCUCAAACAACAGAAUUCAUCAAAUCAGCAUUGGCAAAGAAUGGAGCAGUAUUGGUUCAUUGUAAUCAAGGAGUUAGUCGAAGCAGUACUGUGACGCUUGCUUUUCUAAUGCAAAGAUACAAAUGGACUCUUGAAACUUCUUACGAGUUUUUGAAAGAUAGACGUCCUGGGAUCAGACCAAAUCGAGGAUUUCUAGAUCAAUUAUCAAUGUGGGAAGUAAAUAUCCAUGGCAGGUGUAGGACUGAUAUAGAUGAUCUUUGGUAAUUAGCUCUUGCUGACAGCCAUCAUCACAAUGACUUCACAGGUUAUAUAAUUCAAAGUUAAUUUCUGUUAUUAAGUGGACAAAUUAAAACUCAAUUUUUGGUUUGAUAUGAAGUUUGUAAGUAUUUCUGGUUUAAAUUAUAGUUAAUUAAUUAAGGCGUACACCAGUUUAUUACAGA